ACAUUUUCUCUCCAAUCUUCUAAGUAGUCCGUCAAAGUCCAGAAGCAUCCCAUCAACGGCAAGAGGGAAAAUCUGAAAAUACAAAUAUUCUUCCGGUGAACACCCACCCACCGUCUCUCCUUCAGUCCUCCCGCCGGCGAUAUCUAAUUCCUGAGAGGAAGGUAGGGUGAAAACCUCGUCAUUUGCAUAGAAAGAAAAUGGUAACGUCUUCGGUUGUCAACACAUACCCACUGUCCAGCUAUACAUUUGGUACUAAGGAGCCCAAAAUGGAGAAGGACACCUCCGUCGCCGAUCGCCUUGCUCGUAUGAAAGUCAACUAUGCGAAGGAGGGCAUGAGGACUAGCGUCGAAGGAAUUCUCUUGGUACAAGAACACAAUCAUCCUCACAUUCUUCUGUUGCAAAUUGGGAACACAUUUUGCAAACUUCCAGGUGGACGCUUGAAACCAGGAGAGAACGAAAUCGAGGGUUUGAAAAGGAAACUAUCUAGUAAACUUGCAGCUAAUUCUCCUGGCAUUCAGCCAAAUUGGCAGAUAGGGGAGUGUGUGGCCAUCUGGUGGAGGCCAAAUUUUGAAACUAUAAUGUAUCCAUAUUGCCCUCCACACAUAACAAAACCCAAGGAGUGUAAGAAGCUCUUCGUUGUUCAUCUAUCUGAAAGAGAGUACUUUGCUGUCCCAAAAAAUUUGAAGCUUCUUGCAGUGCCAUUGUUUGAACUUUAUGACAAUGUUCAGAGAUAUGGACCUGUGAUAUCCACGAUUCCUCAACAGCUUUCCAGAUUCCAGUUCAACAUGAUCCACGCGUAGAUUAGGUUAGGUGGACAUUCAGAACCUCCUUCUGGCAUACAAUCCCAAAAAGACAUUUAAGAUUUUUACUUGAGGUCCUAUAUAUUCAGAAUGAUAACCUUAUUUUCUGACGUGAUUCUUUCUUUUCCAAUAGGCAUAUAUCUACCGACUUCCGUGGAUAUUUGUUUUCAACUAGCUUAUUCAUGAUAGACAUAAAUUAUAGGUGUAUUGUUGAAAGCUUUGAUUGCCUGUCUGUUGUAAUGUA